AUGACCACGGCUCAUAGACCACAAUUUGACCCCGCUCGGGGUACCUCAGAGAUGGCGCCCACGAGAAUUACCGCUAGUCGUGCAUUACCAGCUCAUUUAAAGCUCAAAUACAGGAAAGCGAAACAAGGAACACAAGAAGAAGUUUCUAAGAAGGAUUUUCGAGACCAAUUACUACGCGCUGAAGCUAUUCACUUUGCUAAUCGCGAGCACGGGGUUGCUGACGACAAACAUUCCGAAGCACCAGUUGCCAUUGAGGCGAAUCCUGAAGCCAAAGCAGAUGAAUCUGAGGAAAAAGUGGAUUAUGAAGCACUACUGAGGAAAACCUUGGAAGAAGACGCAGAUACCAGUGUAAGUGAGAGUGAGAGUGAUUCUGAAGUGGAAGGGGAAUCAAACUUACCUGCCGAAAAACGAUUGAAGACGUUGAAUGAAAAAACCUCGGAUCUAAGUAGUAGCUCUAGUUCAGACGAGGAUGAUGAUGAGGAAGAUGAGACAGCACAACUUCUUCGAGAACUUGAAAACAUUAAACAAGAACGACAAAAGGAAAAAGAAAAACAGGAAAUGGAAGAACAAAGAGAAGAACAAGAGAAACGUGAGCGAGAAAUAGCUUAUGGAAAUGUUCUAUUAAACAAUUCAUCUACCAGUUCUUUUCAAGUUAAGCGUCGUUGGGAUGAAGAUGUUGUGUUUAAAAACACUCAUAAAGGUGUUGACGAUCAACCCAAACAAGGAUUUGUGAAUGAUAUGUUGCGAAGCGAUUUUCAUAAAAAGUUUCUUGCUAGAUUUGUUCGGUGA